AUGGCGUACGAUCCUCGAGGGGAUCACCACGACAGGCGAGGGCCGCCCGGAGACGGCCAGGAGGGAGGCUUCGUAAGGGCCCGAGGUCGACGUCCGGUCACUGACUAUGGUUCAACUGUUGCAAAUUGGAUGCGUCACCGCGCCCCGGUAGAAGGGGACGUGUAUACUGGAGAGGUCGAGCGGCCUAGUGCAAGCUUCAUCAUUGACUUCACACCACCUGCAGCAAGAAGGACAGACCCGGGAGACACAAUACCAGUGAAGCACCUUCAUUCAUCACUCAAUAAGAUCAAGCAUCCCAUCAAUGUGGUGCGAUGGACGCCAGAAGGUCGUCGCUUGUUGACCGCCUCCAGCAGCGGAGAAUUCACGUUAUGGAACGGCACGGGGUUCAACUUCGAAACCAUUAUGCAGGCUCACGAUUCUGCCAUUAGAGCACUAGCUUACUCUCACAACGAUGACUGGCUCAUCUCCGCUGAUCAUGACGGCAGCGUCAAAUAUUGGCAGCCUAAUUUCAACAACCUCCAAAGUAUUGCUGCGCAUAACGACCCGAUUAGAGACCUGGCCUUUAGCCCGAACGACUCCAAGUUUGUCACGGCGUGCGAUGAUUCGACGUUGAAGAUCUUUGAUUUUGCAGGUGGAGUGGAGGAAUCAGUUCUGAAGGGGCACGGCUGGGAUGCCAAGAGCUGCGAUUGGCAUCCGACCAAGGGCUUGUUGGUGUCGGGUUCAAAAGACCAUGUGGUUAAACUCUGGGACCCUAGAACAGGCCGAUGCCUGACAACCCUUCAUGGACACAAGAACACCAUCACCAAGACGUUGUUUGAAAGGGUGCAGGGAGACUGCCUCGCAACGUCAGCAAGAGAUCAAACUGCUCGCGUCUUUGACCUUCGAAUGAUGCGAGACAUAUGCCUGUUGAAGGGACAUGAGAAAGACAUUUCAACAAUCGCAUGGCAUCCUGUUCAUUCGAAUUUUCUUAGCACAGGUGGUCAUGACGGCUCCCUGUACCACUAUAUUCUCGACGAACCAAACACGCCGGCAGGCCAUUCUUCUAUCGCACCAUACGACAGCGCAGACCCGUCCACGACCAGCGCGCAGACCAUCUACCCAGCCCACAAGAUCCCUUACGCACACGACUUCGCCAUCUGGUCUUUGGACUGGCACCCUCUUGGUCAUAUCCUGGCCUCCGGUUCCAACGACCGUAUUACAAGGUUCUGGUCCCGAAAACGGCCGGGCGAUGCCGACGUCUUCCAGGAUAGAUAUCACAUUGGCGAGGCGGCAGCCGAAGCUCAGGGAACCUGGGACCGCCGUGGAAACCGCCGUCAACGGCAGGAGGAAGAGGAGCAAGAGAUGGAGGAUGAAAUGGAUGGCCUUGUCGACCAGAAGAUGCCUCUCAAGCAACCCAUGGUCCCUGGUUUCCCAGGUCUACCUGGUCUUCCCGGUCUGCCUGGUCUAUCUAUGCCACAGAACGGUUCUGGCGCUCCUCCAGUACCCCCACCGCCUAUGAUACCCGGCGUCGGCGCAGGCGGCGGAGGUCCACCACCACUCCCCUUCCCUCUGCCCGGCCUGAACGGCGCGCCACCACCUCCUAUCCCGCUGCCUGGCGGCAUCGACCCAAGCAACCCUGCCGACCUUGCCAAGAUUGCUGAGAUGAUCCAGAAGGCCGGAGGCACGAUUCCUCCCCCGCCCCCUGGUAGCUUUGCCCCUGGCCUAGUCCCGCCACCCAACUUUGCUCCACCCCCUGGAUUCCCUCCUAUGCCUAUGCCGCCUCCAGGUACUGACCUUAACAUGAAUGCACUUGACCCCCGGGGCCUUAGGAGGGCUCCCCUUCCAAGCCAGGAGGAAAGCCUGAAGGCGGAACAGCGGCGAGGUAACUACACCAGAGCGCGAUAA